CUAUGGGAAAACAAAAGCCAACACACAACAUUACCUAUCUUUCUUGGUUUCUGCUAAACUAACAUUGGACGUAGGUGUGCUGUUCCUUAGAGGGCGGUCAAAGGUUGGGAAAUGGAGGAGCAACAGACCAAGCCAGCGCUGGUGAAGAAUCCUUCCACAGGCUCCCGCAAGAUGGGCCGGCGCGUGGCCUUCGAGGUCCCCUCCAGCCGCAUCAUGCAAAGCCGCUCCUCUGACAUCAGCGAUAUUCAUUCCUCUAUAGACCACCUUGAAAAGGGACGACACCAUCCAUGUUGCUUUGCAUGCUGUGCAUGGGGAUGCAUCUUGGUCUUCAUCUUCAUCAUCGUUCUUCUCUUUGCCGGGAUCUCCUACUUGGGAUUCCUCAAAGCAGGGAUGCCAAAGGUUAAUGUCAGGUCAAUCAACAUAACCAGGUUGCAGGUUGAUAGCUCACAGAAGAUGGAUGCAGAUAUAAGUUUAGGAUUGAGGAUCUCAAACAAGAAUGAGAAGCUGAAGCUUUUGUAUGGUCCUCUUUCUGUUGAUGUCACAAGUGAAGAUGUGCCAUUGGGGAUGGCUAAACUUAAGGGCUUCUCUCAGAUGCCAAAGAAUGACACAGAUUUGGAUAUGACAAUGGCACUGCAUAAUGCUGAUGUUGAUAAGUAUGCUGCUGAUGAUUUGAAAUCAGACAUCAAUGCAAAUGAGAUGGUGUUUGAUGUGUAUGUCAGUGGACAUAUUGGUUUGAAGGUUGGGAGUUUGCAGAUGACAGAUAUCCCCUUUCUAGCAUCUUGUCAUCAAAUCAAACAGAUGGAUGUAGAUUUUGGAAGAAGACCUGAAUGUGAUGUCAAGAUGUUUGCUUUCAGGCCUUCAUCUAAUUGAUUAAAUCAAUUACAAGCAAGUUUUGCCAGAGCAGCAUUUCUUCGCAUCCUUCAUCACAUGACAAGUUUUUUAUUCGUAGCCAUGCAUUCAAAAGCCAUUAGAGACAUUAUUUACAUUUUUGAAGUUUUUCAAUGUAGAUAAACUUCUGUUUUCUUCAGUGUGGACAUGUAUUAGUAUAUAUGGCGUAAUUUCAAAAAAAUCUGGUUAUCAGUACUGCAGCUACAUAGUUCAAGAAUAUACAGAAUUUAAAAAAAGAAAAGAAAGGGAGAUUAGGGAAUAACUAUUUUUUAACCUAGGACCUCCAAGAAACUGUUUUCUUCUUCUUCUUCUUCUCAACUAUACCGGUGUGCAUUUUGAAACUAGAUGGUGGUGUAAAUUUUGUCUUGUGCGUGUUCUAAAUUUAAUCGUAUAUUCAAGGACG